AUGGAGGGUGUGUUCUUUAAUAUUGAUAACGGUUUCAUUGAGGGAGUCGUAAGAGGCUUCCGCAAUGGUUUACUGACAAGUAACCAGUAUAUUAAUUUGACUCAAUGCGACACGUUGGAUGAUCUGAAAUUGCAACUUUCGUCAAGCGACUACGGAAAUUUCUUAUCUAAUGUUUCAUCUGAUGCGCUGACUACUUCAGUUAUCCAAGAACGUGCUUCUAGCAAACUGUACCAGGAGUUUCAAUAUAUUAGGGACCAAUCUAGCGGCACAACGAAGAAGUUUAUGGAUUACAUUACGUACGGUUAUAUGAUCGAUAAUGUAGCUCUAAUGAUUACUGGUACGAUUCACGACCGUGAUAAAGCAGAAAUAAUCCCACGUUGUCAUCCACUGGGUUGGUUUGACACUUUACCAACGCUAACUGUUGCGACAGACUUGCAGUCGUUGUACCAGACCGUACUCGUGGACACUCCAUUGGCGCCAUAUUUCCGGGACUGUUUUAAUAAUGCAGACGAGUUGGAUGAUGUUAAUAUAGAAAUUAUCAGGAAUAAGCUUUACCGUGCAUACCUGCAGGAUUUCCACAGUUUUGCCGACCGGGAGAUCCCCCAACCUGCUCGGGACGUUGUUCAACAAAUGUUGGAGUUUGAAGCCGACAGGAGAGCUAUAAAUAUUGCUUUGAACUCUUUGCAGUCAUCUGAUGUCAUUACCUCUGAUAUCAAGCGCGAACUGCUCCCCAAUCUUGGCAAACUAUACCCUGUCAUGACGGAGCAGUUGGCUAGCGAAUUGAGCGAUUUUGAUUCCCUGAGGAGCAUAAUUAGCAAUGUUGGAGAGUACCGUGGUAUCCUAGACGCGACAAAUAUAGAAGAUGAGUUUUAUAAGAUGGAGAUGGACUUGUGUCGGGACGCAUUUACUCAGCAGUUUACUGUAUCCACCAUUUGGGCGUGGAUAAAAUCCAAGGAGCAAGAAGUCAGGAACAUUACAUGGAUAGCGGAAUGCAUUGCUCAAAAUCAACGAGAGAGAAUAAACAAUUAUAUAUCUGUUUACUGA